AUGGAGGAUCUUGAUGUGAGAAAAGCCUCGGGGUCGGAUGGAGUGUCAAGUUGGAUCCUGAAGGAAUGUGGCAAACAAUUGGCAGAGGGUAAAAUCUCCAUAGACUGGAAGAGAGCAGACAUUGUUCCAAUUUAUAAAAAGGAGUGUCGGGAAGAACUGUUGAAUUAUAACAGACCAGUGUCCCUGACAAGUGUGGAUGCUAAGAUUUGUGAGAGAAUAAUUAAAGAUAGGUGGAUAAAGUACCCAGAAGACAAGAACAGAUUGAUUGACGGGCAUUUUGGUUAUAUAGAAGUAAAGUCUUGCUCAACAAAUUUGAUAUGUUUCUACUCGAGGGUGACAGAUAUAGUACAAGAAAGAGAUGGCUGGGCAGAUGGAAUUUAUCUGGAUCUACGGAAAACAUUUGAUAAGAUGUCACAUAAAAGGCUGCUGUGA